AUGGCAUCUUCACAACGUACAAGGAGCUCAGGGGAAAAGGAAAUGCCUAUUGGGAGGUACACAAGGCUGGAUCAAAUCGGAAAAGGUAGCUUUGCUACUGUAUACCGAGGCAUCCACACAAAAACGCGGACUUUCGUGGCUGUCAAGUCGGUGAACUUGAACAAGCUCAACAAGAAGCUCAAGGAUAACUUAUCGCUGGAAAUUGACAUACUCAAGGGACUAUUCCAUCCACACAUCGUGGCACUCAUCGACUGUUAUGAAACCAGCACCCAUAUCCACCUUGUCAUGGAGUAUUGUGCUUUGGGAGAUCUAUCACAAUUCAUCAAGCGAAGGAAUACACUCUCACAACACGAGUACACUCGGAACAUGAUAGCCAAGUACCCGAAUGUCGAUGGCGGAGCGUUGAAUGAAGUGCUAGUUCGACAUUUCCUCAAGCAGCUGGCUAGCGCUCUCAAGUUCCUGCGAGAUCGGAAUCUCAUACACCGGGACAUCAAGCCUCAGAAUCUCCUACUCUGCCCUGCCCCAUCAUCACCCCGGAACGAAAAGACGCAGGUGCCGACGUUCAAGGGUAGCGACGACUCUUUCACACCUGCUACAGGGCUAGAGUCUUUGCCGUUGCUCAAAAUCGCAGAUUUCGGCUUCGCUCGAUCACUUCCAUCUACUUCACUUGCAGAAACGUUAUGCGGGUCUCCUUUAUAUAUGGCGCCUGAAAUCCUACGGUAUGAGAAGUAUGAUGCCAAAGCUGACCUUUGGUCUGUCGGCACGGUACUCUACGAGAUGGUUGUCGGGAAGCCGCCCUUCAGGGCUUCAAACCACGUCGAGUUACUACAGCGGAUCGAAACGGCGAAUGACAGGAUCAGUUUCCCAUCGGACCUAAUCAUGUCAGACGAGGUCAAGGGUCUCAUCCUGCGCCUGCUGAAGCGAAGCCCGAUUGAGCGGAUGACCUUUGCCGAUUUCUUCGACAAUGUCGUCAUCACAGGCCCCAUUCCCGGGUUAAUAGGUGAAGAUGCUCCCGCACCGGCCCGUCGCUCAUCACCAGAACCGGUUACUGGCGACCCUACAUCAAGGCGUCCUCGAGGAUCACUCGAUUCCCCUCGGAGGAGUAAAGGAGAGCAAGACUUGGGACUCGUACAGGCUGACCAAGGCGGUUAUCCACCACCUCAUCGAUACGUACCUCACAAUGAGAGGCCACAGACUCCUCUGGCCUCCGAAGCCAUGCGCAGAACCCGAAGCGGUGAUAGACCUUCCUCGGCCGCGAGGCCCAUACCAGCGGCCGUAAUCCCGCAAAGACCGGAAGUGGUUUCACAUGCAACAGCCCCGGGACGUCAGGAGCUGGUGGAUCGCAACCCGGCGCCGACUGCCCUUGAACGGCAAAGAAAUCGACACACCUACUCAGCCACCCCACCGGCAGACAAAACCGUAGGAAGCGAGGAACGCGAACGCGCCGCGCAAGAAGUUGCGUUUGAACGAGAUUAUGUUGUCGUGGAGAAGCGAGCGGUCGAGGUGAAUGCUUUUGCCGAUGAGUUGGCGCACGACCCUAGAAUACAAGGAACACCUAAGCAUUUGGGGACCAUUUCCCGACGACAAACAACGCAGGCUAUCCCGGCAUCGCAAGCUUCACCACAGAGUUCGCCCGGAAAAGCGAUGCAGGUAAUCACAGGCCGAUCCCGAGCGGAUUCCGCACACAACCGCCAAGGCUCCUAUGAGCGACGAUAUGGUCGAAGCCCUACGUCUGCAACAUCUGCAAUUUCAAAGGCACUGCAUAUGGCGAGCGGGCGUUUACUUGGAAUGGGCUUCUCUCCGCCACUCAAUCUUACCAAAGGUGGACGUUCGCCCCCUCUGGGGUAUAACCCUUUCCCAGCCUACCCCACGGCUCCUGCCGGCUUACUUACCCUUGGCGACGGUUCGAAGCCUCAGGCUAGCUAUGACGAGGAUACAAGGAUUGUCAAAGAGCUUGAAGAGUGCGCCACCCGCAGCGAUGUAGUGUACGGGUUUGCCGAAGUGAAAUACAAGCAGCUUGUACCUCUAGCUCCCUCGGUUCAGGCAGACGGGACGCCUCGACCCAUGGGUGCCGACACCGAGGAUGGCGAACUGACGCCCGAUGCCGUUGUGACUCUUUCUGAAGAGGCCUUGGUACUUUAUGUCAAAGCUCUGUCACUUCUGGCGAAGUCUAUGGAUAUCGCAGGUGCCUGGUGGAACCGCAAGAAUCGUGGUGAUGCUUUGACUGAGUCUGGGAUCAGUCGAGGCGACCCUAAUAGCAUGCUUUUGGGAAACCGGAUCAACAAGGUUGUGCAGUGGGUUCGUAGCCGGUUCAACGAGGUGCUGGAGAAGGCGGAGUUUGUCCGCCUUAAGUUGAUCGAAGCGCAAAGACGAUUACCGCCAGACCACCCGAGCCAUCCCAGCAACCAGUCCAUCGAAUCCGCUGGAUCAGGUACAUCUGUGGAUGUGGUGGUCAGUCCCGGCGUGACGGCCGAGAAGUUGAUGUAUGACCGUGCUGUAGAGAUGAGCCGGUCAGCCGCCAUCAACGAACUCACAAGUGAAGACCUGUCCGGAUGCGAGAUUGCCUAUGUCACCGCCGUGCGGAUGCUCGAGGCAGUCUUGGAAGUAGAGGAAAUUGCACAUUCGGGUCAGGGAAGCGGCACCGAGGGAGGUGACAAGGUCGCGCUUGAUGGUAUGCGGGCCGAAGACCGGGAGGCCGUCGUUAAGCUGGCAGCCAGCAUACGCGGUCGCCUCGCGGCCUUGCGCAAGAAGCUGGCCAUUCUAGCCAAGCGGCAGACUCCUCCCUCGAGCGGAAGGAUGAUUCCUUCGAAUUUGGCAUAUGCAACAGGGGCGACUCCUCCCCAAUAA